AUGUAUCGCAAAUCCGAUUUGGACCAAGCCGUCAAACUAAUCCCGUUUAAAAACUCGGCAUUCUUCAGUGAUGCACAAGUUAAAGCUGACGCGCAGUACUACACAUCUUUGGGAGGUGGAGGGUCUGGACAUGCCAUCAAGUUUUUUGCGCGAUACAUUGGUGAAGAUAACAUGAUUGGACUUGCGUUGUGGGAGAACUGUAAUGGGCGCACGGGGUUGACUGGUGAUGUAGUUGUGCAGCCAUUGAGCCGAAAUGACAAUACAGUUUACGAUUAUAUGGAGCGUCGUGUGCGAUGGUUGCGAGUGAGAAAGUAUAUGGUGUUGUUGGCUACUUGUAUAGAGCCCACUACCGAGUCGAUUAUGUGUGGGAUAUACGGUACUUUUGGAACCUCGACAUUGUUUUUGAACCAAUGGUUUUCAAUCAAGUGCUGUUUAAGUAGUAGGUCGUCGUCGUCGUCGUCGUCGUCUAUUGUGACUUAUUUACCACGAUGGAUGGAUGAUACACAUGUGGUGAGUUCGGGAAGGGAGGCUAUUGAGUGGUUACAAGUUUGGAUCUUGAGGGAAGUGUUGGCAUUGCCAAUCUGGAUAGAGGCUAUGUGGGGACAUGAAAUUGAUUGGAGAGGAAGACCAAUUAGAAUCAAAAAGGACUUGACAGCUGAGGAGGUGGGAAAGGGAUAG